AUGUCUGAUAACGGAGAACUGGAAGACAAGCCACCAGCCCCUCCCGUUCGGAUGAGCAGUACCAUCUUCAGUUCUGGGGGCAAAGACCAACUGUCUGCCAACCACAGCUUGAAACCCCUGCCCUCCGUACCAGAAGAGAGAAAACCUAGAAACAAAAUCAUCUCCAUCUUCUCUGGCACUGAAAAAGCAAGCAAGAAAAAAGAAAAAGAAAGGCCAGAAAUCUCCCCUCCAUCAGACUUUGAACAUACCAUCCAUGUUGGCUUUGAUGCUGUUACUGGAGAAUUCACUGGAAUGCCAGAGCAAUGGGCUCGGUUGCUACAGACCUCAAACAUCACCAAGCUAGAACAGAAGAAAAACCCCCAGGCGGUACUAGAUGUGCUGAAAUUCUAUGACUCCAAAGACACAGCAAAACAGAAGUAUCUGAGCUUCUCUGCUCCAGAAAAAGAUGGUUUCCCUUCAGGAACGCCAACAUCAAAUGCAAAAGGCUCAGAGCCCUCAACAGCAGUAGCCGAAGAUGAUGACGAUGAUGAAGAGGCCCCCCCUCCAGUUAUUGCCCCGCGACCAGACCAUACAAAAUCAAUUUACACGCGAUCUGUAAUUGACCCCAUCCCUGCACCAGCUGGUGAUACUUGUGUUGAUAAUGCUGUCAGGUCAGCUGACAAGCAGAAAAAGAAGACCAAAAUGUCUGAUGAAGAGAUUAUGGAAAAACUACGCACUAUCGUAAGCAUAGGCGAUCCCAAGAAAAAAUAUACCAGAUAUGAAAAAAUUGGCCAGGGGGCUUCAGGUACAGUUUUUACAGCUAUUGAUGUAGCGACAGGACAAGAGGUUGCUAUCAAGCAGAUAAACCUACAGAAACAGCCCAAGAAGGAGUUGAUUAUUAAUGAGAUCCUUGUAAUGAAAGAGUUAAAGAACCCCAACAUAGUGAACUUCUUAGACAGUUACCUUGUAGGAGAUGAAUUGUUUGUUGUGAUGGAGUAUCUAGCUGGAGGGUCACUCACUGAUGUUGUCACGGAAACAUGCAUGGAUGAAGCUCAGAUUGCUGCUGUUUGCAGAGAGUGUUUGCAGGCACUAGAGUUUCUGCAUGCCAACCAGGUCAUCCACAGGGAUAUUAAGAGUGACAAUGUGCUUUUAGGAAUGGAUGGAUCUGUUAAGCUCACCGACUUUGGUUUCUGUGCUCAGAUCACCCCAGAGCAGAGCAAGCGCAGCACCAUGGUUGGGACUCCAUACUGGAUGGCACCUGAAGUGGUCACACGGAAAGCUUAUGGCCCCAAAGUAGAUAUUUGGUCUCUCGGUAUUAUGGCUAUUGAAAUGGUGGAAGGAGAGCCCCCAUACCUCAAUGAAAACCCUUUGAGGGCUUUGUAUUUGAUAGCAACUAAUGGCACACCAGAGCUGCAGAACCCAGAGAAACUGUCCCCAAUAUUCCGGGAUUUCCUAAAUUGUUGUUUGGAGAUGGAUGUUGAAAAACGAGGUUCAGCCAAAGAGCUGUUACAGCAUCCUUUCCUGAAACUGGCCAAACCUCUGUCAAGCUUGACGCCGCUGAUUCUGGCUGCCAAAGAAGCAAUGAAGAGUAACCGCUAAUAUUGUUGCCAUGACCUUCAGUUUUUUAAAAAAAUCUUUAUAAUAUAUGAAAUUGUUACUCUUGUUAGGGGGGUUGAAAGAGUCUGCAAAAGGGAAAGUUCUUACCCAGAAGAAAUCCAACACAAACCACGGUGACUUUCUAGCCCUUUCUAGGGUCCCAGAGGAAAUGUGGACUGUAUCGCUGGCCUUUCACCUUUUUAGCAGACAGCCCAGGAGUGCUACUUACUCCUGGGGUUUUAAGGGUUUUUUUGAUGACUUCACUGUUACAGUUCCCAUUCAUUGUGCCCUCUUGGGUACUUCCAAUACUUGAAUGACAGAUUCAAGCUUUCAGAGAGAGGCAUUAAUUUUAUCUGCUGAUCUCUUUCCUUCUCCCUUUUACCUGUCUUUCAAAUUGCUCUGGGAAGCUCACCAUAUGACUAGAUUAAUAGCAAGUGGGACUGAAAUGUGAAGGUACAUCUUAUCUCUCUCUCCCUUUCUGUACAGUUUAGCUAACUGUACUGUAAAAAAUAAUGACUCAGUUACUUAAGAAAUUGCAACUUCCUUAAAAGAAUGUUUUGCUUUUUAAGAAGAGUAUGGGGAGAGGGGAAAGAGAAGAGUUCGACUGUGUUCCUGUUCUGUGGCUAUGCUCCACAGACCUUCUUAACCUAAGGUAAAAGGCUUUUGUGUAGAACUUUCUUGGUCACAUUGUCAGAGGUCAGGUUGCCAGUACGGGGUGAGAGAGCAGAUGAUCAGUUUAUGAUCAAGUCAUCAGCUGAGAGUGGGGAGAACUGAAGUCCCAACUGUCUUCCUUUCUGCUCUGCUUCCCACUGUUAGAUUUUUUGGCCAAAGGCUUACGUCAAUGUCUUGCAUGGUGUGGUGGACAGUUUUAGAAUAAGUGUUGUCUCUGAUCUCUAACUCGGACGUGGGAGUUUUGCUGGUGCCUUUGCCUUUUUUUUACAUUUCCCUCCUUUGUAUCAAAUAUGUUUUGUAUAUGUUGUAAUUUUAUCUGCAAAAAGGCAAAUAAUGCAACAACCAUGGAGUUGUCAAAAUUUUAAGUAUUAGAACUAUUUUUUCCCAUUUUAUAUGUGCCCUGUUUCUACAAAUGUAAUCAAAAGAACAAAUAAUUCAUCGUAUCUGAGGACACUGAAGAUCCAAGAUUUUUUUGUAAUUCAGACAGAAGCUUAUGAACAUCUGGAAACACCAAAGUGCUGUUCUGUGGAGAGACAGCCAAUUUGAGUGGCUGAUGUGUAACUGGAGAGACAUAUAUCAUGUUGGCGCUUUUUCUCUAAAGACAUUUUUACCAGCUAGGAUGGCAGAAGAUGAAAAGCUUAAUACAAGAAAAAGUGCCUCCUUGUAAGAGCUAGCGAGUAAUGUGAAUUUUUAGGUGCCUAUUUAGGUAACAGUAGCAACUGUGGGAAGAUUUCCUGCUCCCUGGCUUCAGCCACUGAAAUCACUGUGCAUUUAUACCUACGGAUUAUUUUGAUAAGGAGCUGUUUGUAGUUGUAAUGUGCCAAAUGAUACAUGUGCAGGAGUUGCCAUCAAUUUGGUGUUAAGCAAUGUUGUUGCAUUCCUAACAGGCAGUGUGUGUCCAAGUAGAGAAUAUUGCUUGUGGAAUGAGAGGAAUCCAUUUGGGUUGUGACAAAGGAGAUUGCCUAAAUGAGUUUUGCAUGCACUCUUUUUGUUGUGGGAAGGUAGAAAUCUUUCUUCUCUGCAAGCAUAAUGUCAGUGUUUUAUUGUUGGGAUAGAAUACCUGUGUUCCCGUGUUUGGUCACCAAGAUAUGGCGAAAUGAAGCCUACGCCUGGAGAACUCCCAUUUCUAGAGCCUAUACAGCAUGGGGACUUCAUUCUUUCAGCGUAUCUGAUCAGUUUUUCUAUAGCUGCUCACUAGAAAAUUGAUUUGCACCAAACAGGGUGCCUGAUUAAUGUAAGAAAUUGCAAUACCACAUUUCUAUUUGCUUUCUUGUAAGUUCUGUUAUGUGGUAUGUUCCUAGCUGAAUUACUUUAAUAGAGAAAGGUUACAUCAGAAGAAUAAACAACCCAGUUGCUGCAAACCACUAGAAUAGUCGCUGUUUAAUCCAAGGAAGUGUCAUGUUCUAGGCCAGAUAUUUGAGAUGUGCUUCCCCUGUAACAAACUUUAGAUCUGUUGAAAGCCAUAUACACCAUAAGCACUAGCAUGGCAGCGCCCUUGACUUUAAUGCAUGUGACUUCUGUUUAUAAAAGAGCAACAAGGAAUCUUGGGUUAUAUUUAAUUCUUUCUCAUCAGUGGUUCCCUGUUUGUCCAUUGCUGGCAAUGGAUUUGGUGAAAAAUCAAGCUCCUAGUGCAGGAGUUAAACUUGGCGCUAUUAUUUGCUUGGUAGCACAUCCUGGGCUACCAUAUAAAUAUAAUUUUGUUCUGAAACUAGCAGUUUUUAAAAACAGGAAAACGUAAAAUCACACAUUUUUAACUUAUUAGUUCACCUUUAUUGAUAAAGGAAAACUUUUUGAUCUUGUAUUAGCAAAUCUGUCCACAUCAGUAUCUUUAUUUAAGGGGUUCAUUUUGAAGUUGUUGGGGGUUUUUUUAAUUUUGUUUUUUAAAUCAAAUUCAGGAGUUUCCAAAGUGCAUCCCAGUGCUUGUCAAGUGGCCUGCUGUGGUAUUGAACAAUGCAACUGAGAAGUGCAUACAUUUCUCUCUUCUCCCCGUCCCCCAAAUCUGUAGCAGCUAUAUGGUUAUACAAUUAGGAUUUUUUUUUUACUUCUGUUAGAAACUUAUUAGGAACAAACAAAGGAUAUUAGUUCAGGAAACAGUGGGAAUAAUGGUAGGGUUGGAUUUUGCAGCAAAGUGUGGAGAAGAGCAGAGCAGUCAGGGAGUUGACAAGAAAAGAAAUGAACCAUGGGAAGUUGCUGCUCUGUGCUACACUGUGAUUGCUGUGCAUAUAAUGUACCAGUGGGUUGGCUGUCUCUUUUCUAACUGAACAGGUUUUGCACGUGUCUUCCAAACCUAGUCCAAAAAUGUGGAAAAGGCCAUUUUUCCGCAUAAGGGACCAGGCUAGAACUGUUGAUACAAGCUUUUCUUUUUUGUCUUGUUUCAACCCAGAUUAUGGCUAUGUAUGGCUGAAGAGAAAAUAGCCAGAGACAGAAUGGAUGCUGAAAGGGAGGUGUUGCUUCUGUACGUGCUAGGAUUCCCAUAUCUCUUAUCUUGACAUCCCAGGUGAUUACUGAUGUGCUAGAACCCCUGAACCAAGUUCUCAAUCAAAUAUGUAUGCAAAUAAAUACAUGUGAGGUCUUUUUACGAUGUUAGUUCUGGAGAGUAACAACAGGAAAGGGAUGUUCAUCUUCACUGCACCAAAACAAGUAUAAAGGAAAUGUCUGAUUCCCAGGUUUUUCUACUAUGAAAAUGGGAACAGACCAGACUUUGCCACACACAAGCAUGCCACUGGGAUCACACAUUCAGAACUAAAUAUAGAUGUUCAUCACAUGAGUGUCUUCUGGAGGAAGGGAGCUGUGAGGUGCUCCAGAGUAGUUCUGAAUAACUGAACUCCUUUGUCAGAAGAGCAGGGGUGGGAGGUAGAUAAGGAUACAGCGAUAGGUAUUUGUAGCUGGGAAUGAACAGAUUUCUCUGGUCUGCUUUCCUUCUCUUCCUCACUUUGCCAAACAAAAAUGGAAGUAAGUGUAAGCUUUCUUCCUUUUUUUUCUUUCCAAAAACUGUCUUCAGAUUGUAAUGUUGCCUUCCUUUUGUUUAAUUUAAUCCCAUUCUGUUAUUUAAUUGUUACUGCAAUAUUAACUACUGUAAUUGGUGACUUUGUUUAAUAACUGUUCUUUCAGGGCUAGAAAUAAACUUUUAAAAAAAUGUUUGUUAUUUUUUCCCCUCUUCUUGAAUUUAUAUCUUUUCUAGAACAGAGUAGCUUAAAAAAUAAACGUCUAGGUAUCUUAAUGGGUCUAGAGAAUUAUGCUUUAUGUUUUAUGUAACUUUUGCCACUUUCAAGCAUGAAACUUAAGCUUUUCAUGAACACUUAAUUUUCAUUGUGGUAGCCUUUAUUUUGAGGGAUGCCUCAGCUUAUCUUCUGUUUUCAAGACCAUUUUAACUGCUGAUCAUAGCAGCCACCCUGAUAACUGCAAACUGUCCUUGCUGUCAAGUUCAACUGAUGAGUCAGUUGUGUCUCUAGCAAAUGUUCUCAACCGCUGAACCCAGGAGAGCUCCUCCAAACUGUCCUCUGUACUCUUGGUGAGGUGCUCUUUCUAGGAGGUUGCUGCAUAAGAAAAACUGUUAGCAAAGAACUGUCUAGACUAUCAACACUGCAUCUUCCAAGGCCAAAACGCUGUAAAACAGUGGCUCUCAACCUAUUUGCCAUAGUGGGCCACACUUGCAACUCUCAAAGUGUUGUGUCUUGAACCCACACAACUUACUUCCUGUGUAUCCAUUUAAAAUAUGUUUUGCAUGGGUUGCAGCAGUGGAUCUCGUGGCCCGUGGGCUUCAGGUUGAGAACCACCGCUGUAAAAUAAUUGUCAAUGAUUGCAUUUGGAAUUGAUAAGCCAGUUGCCUUGAUCAAGCUGCUGGCAGUAUGAAGUUCCAGUAAUAUUAUUCCUAACAAACUUGCAGUAUUACUUUUGUUGAAAACAUCCUUAAAAAUAUCUCUCUUCAGUGUUAUACAGAAAAGAGACCAAGAAGCUUGAGAGCUAUCUUUUCAUCUGAAUAGGAGACUGAAUGCACUCUUAGGUCAACAUUUGCCUGGUAUAGUUCAUCUGUGAGAGGAAGUCAGGCCUGGAUGACUCUACCUGGGGGUUUGGCAUGAAAUCAGCAGCACCUGCUGGUAGACUGUUAGAACAUUUUAUUUUUGUGUUUCAUUUUGGUAUAACUUAAAGAAUUGUACUGAAGGAUGGCGUUAGAGAAAAAAGACACCAGAGUGAAUGACUGUAGGAAGACAAGGUUGGUUUUGGUUGAAAUCUGAAUGAAGUUUCUAUUAUUGACUUCUGUUGUUAGUACCAAACUCAUGCUGUACGUACAAAUUACCCCAUAUACCUUCAUGCUUAAGAAAUAGCUUCUUUCCUCCUCACCUGUUUCAGUGAGUGGGAAGUAGUAGCCUUCCAGAAACAUUUGCAACCUUAGAAAACGAGUGUUGGAUGCCACAAAAUAUUCUGCCUUUUCCAGUUGUGUUUACCUGGCAGUAAUUUGUUUCACAUGUAUGUAAUCUUUGUGAAUUUUAAUUCAUGGUCUGCACUGCAUAAGGAUGAUCUUGUAUUUAAUUUCUUGUUUUGUUACUUGAGAGGAGGGAUAGUCCAGUAAGUCAAGUAGACUUUAGUGCUCACACCCUGUUAAAAAGAGCAAAGCUUUGCAUGCAAGCUUGAGCUGGUUCUUUUAAACUGAAAUCAAUGUAUGGUGACUUGUUUCUGUUUAUGUAAAAUCUGCUUGUUUCUUGGCUUAAUUUAAAUCAAAAUGAGCUUGGUUUAAUCCCAUAACAAGAACCAUCCACAGCAGUUUGUUUAUUAAGCUAAAUUGAUUUUAAGUGGCACAGUAAGUUUAAAACCUGUGUGUAAACAAGCCAUAAGAUUGAGGGAUAGUUGAGUUCAUACUUUCAUAGUUGCAGUUUAAGCUGGAAAGUGUUUUCCCACACAUGAUCUUGAUUCUCUGGGCAAUGACACAUUGGUUUAGAGUAGAAUGGCUGAAUUUUGAAAAUGGAGAAAGGUAGAAACUAAGACCCACACUAUUAAACCAUCAUUUUUCAAUAGUGCACAAAGAAAAGCCUAUCCAUAAACUGAAUGCAGUUAAUGGGGUGUCAUGUAGACGCACAGCUACUGUUUAUUAUUGCCUUGGUUGUCUGUAGUAUCGGUUAGUUAUAUCUGCAUUUAUCAGCACUAUAUGUUUACCGUAUGUGUGUUCUAAAAGCCUUUGGGGGAAGGGAGGGAUUAGUGGCUUUAAAAAACCCCCCAAAGAAAUCAGAGUUGAGAAGGUAUAUGCGAGUAUGUAAAAAUGCACUGACUCCUGAGAUCUCAAGAUGUGCAGUGUUCUCCUAGCUAAAAUUUUAAUCCUGUGCUUAAGGCUGUUUUAAAAACUUUAUUUUGCAACUUGCUUGGGUGGUGAUGCUUGUGACCCUAUUUCAAUGUCCUUAAAGAUAGUCCCAGCCAAAGUAGCCAUCUCUCUCAGUCCAGAUGGAAGAAUGUCUCUCUUGGAGCUGCAUGAAGAAGUCUUAAUAUACACCUCCCAGAAGCACAUGAAUGCAAAACUGCUUUCCCUCAUCCUCCCACCUCCUGAAUAUAGAGAAAAGAAGAGUUAAUGGAAGAGGUACCUACCUUGGAGGUGUAUUCAGUCAUUGUUUCAGUAAGCAGAAACCUGAAAUAGCAGAAUGACUUCCCAAAAGUUCAACAGUGGUGUGACUCCAACCUGAGGAAAUGUUGAACUCAAAGGAAGAUUUUUAAGGAAGUUGUGAACAAAUGAGAACACCCUAACUGAUGGCAGACAAGACUAUAAUUGAAGUUACAAAGGAUGUAAGUAACACAAAUACAUAGUGACCAGAGGGUAUGGGAAAGGCAAUAGGUUGACAGUAGUAAAAGCUCUUCUCUUGAGCUGUAUUGCUCUUAUACAGUCUCCUUUCAUGUCUCUCAGCCAUGACCUGCAAAGGGACCCCACUUGCAUGGGUGAGAGAGUUUGGUGUCCAUUUUCAUUAGCCCUAGGUCAAGCUGCUGAAACUUCCUAUAGAGACUGCAUGUUGUAGUGAUGUUUGUGGUGUGGAACUGUCCACAAGAUACUACCUGGUCUAUUGAAGAACUGAAAAACACAGCACAGGGGACACAAUGGUGGGAGUCUAUUACAGACCUCCCACUCAAAGUCCUGAGCUUGACCAGGAGUUUGCCC